ACAAAAUGGGGCUGUUUUCCUUGCCUUGCUUUCCUACAUUAAUAAUAAUGGGAGCAGCCAGAGUUUCCUGACUCUGGGUUGUUCUGUGGCAGCAGCCAGGACGCAAAGACAGGCAACGUGUCUGAAUAUUUGGAGUCAUGGGAGUGACUAAUCUGUGGCAGAUCCUGGAACCUGUAAAACAGCAUGUUCCCCUCCACAAUCUUAAGGGGAAGACAUUAGCUGUGGAUUUAAGUCUCUGGGUGUGUGAAGCACAAACAGUUAAAAAGAUGAUGGGAAUAGUCACAAAACCUCAUCUUAGGAAUCUUUUCUUUCGGCUCUCUUUUUUAACACUGAUGGAUAUCCAUCUGGUGUUUGUAAUGGAAGGAGACCCUCCAAAAUUGAAAGCAAACACAAUGGAGAAGAGGACAGAGAUUCGCUUUGGACCAUCUAAGAAGUCUAGGACUGCAAGAACAGGGAGAUCUCGUUUUAAGUCUUUACUGAAAGAGUGCCUUGAGAUGCUGGAGUGCUUAGGAGUCCCUUGGGUUCAAGCAGCUGGUGAAGCAGAGGCCAUGUGUGCUUACCUAAAUGCCAGUGGCUUUGUGGACGGCUGCAUCACGAACGAUGGUGAUGCCUUCCUUUAUGGUGCUCUAACAGUUUACCGGAAUUUUACUAUGAACAUAAAGGACCCACAUGUUGACUGCUAUUCAAUAUCAGCUAUUGAGAAAAAACUAGGAUUCAGCAGAGAGUCUCUGAUUGGAUUGGCCAUUCUGCUUGGCUGUGAUUAUCUCCCUAAGGGUGUCCCUGGAGUUGGAAAAGAACAGGCUUUAAGACUGAUUAGCACUUUGGGAGAACAGAGUUUACUGCAAAGGUUUGAGCACUGGAAAGGCCACUUCCAGUCCAGUAAUAUCCCACCCAUACAGCAUAAAAAGUUGGCUCACUGUGCUGUUUGCCACCAUCCAGGAUCUUCCAAAGAACAUGGGCAAACUGGGUGUCAUCUCUGUGGCACUGUGGGGUAUUGUGAACCCCAUGAUGCUGAGUACUGCUGUCCUUGUGACUGGCAUGCUUCUGAGAGACACUGGAGAGCCAACUCAGUGGAGGAAGCUGUCAGAAAAAAAGCCAUAGCAUGUGAAGGCUUUCCAUUUCCUGAGGUUAUCAGAGAGUAUCUCAUCAGCAAAGACAAACUGAUGAAGCUAAAUGAGUGUCAAAGGCCAAACUUACUCACCUUUCAGAGAUUUGCUUCUGAGAAAAUGGAUUGGACCAAGCAUUAUGCUUGUGAGAAACUGUGUGCCCUUCUGACAAACUAUGACAUGAACAAAAGGAGGCUUGGCCAGACUGACCCUCAGCAACUACAGGCACUACGGAUAGUCAAAACACGGACUAAAAAUGGAAUUCCUUGCUUUGAAAUUGAAUGGCAAAAGCCAGAGCACUAUGCUGUAGGUGAUGAUCAACCUGAAGAGCCCUUUAUGACAACAAUAGAAGAGGCCAUGUUAUUUCAAGCUGCAUACCCAGAAGUGGUUGCCCUGUAUCAAAUGCAGAAACUAGACAUUGGCAAGGAGAAAAAGAAGGGGAAGAAAACUAAACUCAAAGAAAAAGAAUGCUUAGCAAGUGACAGUGAAGUUGCCAAUCUCUUUUCUCAGCUGAACUUGGAAUCUGCAUAUGAAACCUUUCCCUGCAAAGAUGAAAAGUCUGAAUUUGAACCUGUUUCUGCUUUCACAAUACUUCCAGAGAAGGGCUCUGAAUCUCAGAGCUCACAUGUAGCCUCACAGCGUUCUACACCAGUUGGUCAAAGUCAGAACCCCUCACCUACCUCACUCAUAACUGCUUCACAAAACACCAAGGAGGAAUGCAAUCUGGGUGGUCCUGUGAACUCACAGGCAGAAUUUCCUAAAGAGUCUGCAGCUUUUCCUGCCUCUCCUGCAAUUGCCAAUCUACAGUUAAGUGGCAUUGAUUGGGAAGGAACAUCCUUCAAUGUUUCUCCAAAACAAGUUGAUGUUGCCUGUUAUUUGGAGUCUGAGUCUCACGUGUGUACUAAUUCUAUCAGGCCACAUUCCCUGAUGUGCUGUGAAUUAGCCAAAACCAUCAUGCCUUCUUCAGAUUCUGUACAAUAUAAUCCAGAUCUACUCAGCAGUGCAGAUUGUGCUGCUUCAGGCAAUGAGCUUCCUAAAAGUCAAAGUGAUGUAUCUUUAAAAGAAGAGGCCAUUCUAGAGCCUUCCAUCUUAGAAGCUUUUUCCAAGGCUGCAGACACAGCUCGGUUAAGUGCUUUGCAAACGGUAGAACAAAUAAAGGGAACUGUUAGCCUCAGAGAAGCAUUUUCAUCUCUUUCAUUUCAGCUAAAUGACAGCACUCAGAAAGCAGAAAAGUAUUCAAGGAGGUUUGAUUCACAAAGCAAUAAAGAGAUGCUCAAAAGUUCCAAAAACCCAGUCAAGGCAGAAGAGAGACUUAUUGAUUCAGACACUUGUGCUUCGGUAGGCCUAUGCCAUGAAACGCUAGGACUGACUUGCUUGGAAAACAAACCACAAGCAUUGCCUCUCAGAUCAACGGAAGGCAUAGAUCACUGUCAAGUUAGAAAAAAUUCCAGGCCACCCAUUCUCAAAAGCUCACUGAAGAAGAGUGUGUGCCAGAAUAGUUAUUCUAGUGAAGACAGUGACAGUGAAAAUAUGAAAGACAGGAGGAAAGGUCACAGGAUGCCAAGGUGGCAAAAGAAGUGUGACUUGGUUAAGUCAAAGAACAAAUACAUUGACAAAAUGGGAGUCAGCCAGCUGGUGCAAGAAAUGCAGCAAAGGAGAGAAGAACCUGAGCCUAAAGCCCCUGGGAUGGGGUUCUCAGUGAUAGAGCAGCCCACUGUACCUAUUCCCAAUCCUCCAAGACUCAUAGAAUGUAAACCUAGAGGAUCUAAUCCUCCCCUAGAAGAGAGUGGAAGUGAAUCUGAUGGGUCGACCAAUAGUCCCCUGCCUCUGUCAGAAAGACUGAAACUCAGACUGCAGAACAGUUAAGAAGCCAUCCCAUUUCACUAUUCUGGGUUUUUCUUAAAUUACCAUCUGUUCCUUCAUACUUUUAGUGGGCUCAGUAGAUAAAUGUUCAAAUAACAGUCUUGGAGCCCUUCCGCACUGCUCAACUAUAGCAUCAUGAUUCCACAUUUUAACUGCCAUGGUUCUAUCCUAUGGAUUCCUGAGUGAGUUUUAUGUUUAGAGAAGAGUAUUUAGGCUUCUCAGCCAAAGAGCUCUUAUGGUGCCAUUGGCCAAACUACCAACACCAUGAUUCUAUAGAAUGUAGUCAUGGCAGUUAAAAUAUAAUCAUAAUGUUACAAUUGUGUACUGUGAAAGUUGCUUAAAGUCAAGAGAGGCACCUUAAAAAUGGCAUGCAACUUCUAAGUCCUUUUUUAUGGUCCCAAGUUUCCUCCUCCCAUCAAAAAGAAAAGAAACCCUGCUAAAAUUCAGCACAAACAAACCACUGAGAGCCCUUUUAAAAAGCAAGACAUGUUUUCUUUAAAUGGGUUUUCAUGGUUUGCUGCAGGGCUUUUACCAAUUUGCAAUCCAAAUUUGAUUGCAACACUUUACUGCUAUGUUUUAGUUGGGGCUUUCAGACCACAAGGGGUCUCAGUAAUACAGAACUAGUUCUCUGUCUUUCUGAUGUGGCAGAAUGGAUUUCCACUUCAGGCUACUAGAUAACCACUUUCGAAUACUUCUGCAUGUAAAGAACUCCCUGCAAAUAGAAGCCUAACAUAGCAGGGUGGAAGAUUCUGUCCUAGCACUUUCUUGCCUGUCUGUUUGCAGGGAGUUUUCGAAACAACAGAGCAUUAAACAGAUUCUUCAACUUGAAACUGGAGGAUCAUUUUAUCACCUCAUUCUUUUGCACAUGGAGACCAGUUCUUGUAAAGAUGCAAUCCACACUUUGGCAACAUGAUGCUAGGGGAAAAAAAAUCAAAGGAAUAAAUGUAUGGGACACAUACAACUAAAAUAUGACAUCUUGGUUACUGAUCCAAUGGCAUGUGUCACAGCAGAGCCCAAAUCACCCUAUUUAUUCAUCUUCAGACCCUCUUUUCCUUCCUCACUUUCAGAAAAAUUCAUCUCUAGCCAAUCACAUCCAACUCUUUUGACUGUCAGUAUGUGCUGUGGUUAAGUCAAAUUUACUGCUGUCUAGUAUCUAUUUUUUGUUCCAGGAUUAGGACGCCAAGUAAAUCAGUAUCAACUGAGUGGAUUAGUCUCACAUGCUGACUUUAUUUUUAAAUUGCUACAUCAGUGUUUUAUCUUUUCUGUUGAUUUUGGUGAGUGUUGCAACCCCAGGCCUUUGAUUUUAACAAUAAUUCCCGAUAUAAAAGGUCAAAUCAAAGAAUGAAUUAAGUUUAGAUGGCACUGUGUAAUACUGCAAGUAAUCCAACUCUUUUUUACUGAAAUUCUAAAUACAUUUGCCUGCAAACAAAUCCUGCUGAUUUCAUUUGGACUUAUUUUCAUACUAGUGUAUUUAGGGAUUGCAGUUUUUGUCUCCACCAUGCAGUCCUAGACAUGUUUCCUCACAAGUAAAUCGAUAUAGUAUUCUGGCCUGAGAUAAGUAUUUUCAAACUACCAGUAGUUCUCAGCAUAGAAUUUACCAUACAUGUUUCCACUGAUUAUACAGGUACUUGCAUCUACUGGAUUAGCAUAACAAUGCAUUAAUUUGUCAUUGUCAAUGUUGUCUUAAAAUUGUACCUUCAAAUAUACUUUUAACCAAGGACAAAGUGGUAGUACAGGCUGAGUUUCCCUUAUCCAGAGUCCCAAAAGCCAAAAUACUCCAAAAGUCUUAACUUUUUUCAUGUGUGACUAAGAUAGUGACACCUUUGCUUUCUGAUGGUUCAGUGUACACAAACUUUCUUCCAUGCACAAAAUGAUUUUAGAAAACUGUAUAAGAUUACCUUCAGGCUAUGUGUAUAAGGUGUAUAUGUAUAUGAAACCUCCCCUCUCCAAGGCAUUAUGUAUGUAUAGGCAGAUGCAGGUAUCCAAAAAAUAAAAAAUCCCAAACACUUCUGGUCCCAAGCAUUUUUGAUAAGGACACUUGACCUAUACCAUAAAUGGAAUAUUAUGUUAAAUGAAGAAAGGGCACAUAAGAGCAUUUGCAACAUAAUUCUAUACAUGUUUUCUCAAGUAUAAGUGUUGUUAUGUGACUACCGGCACUAGGUAAAUGUCUCUUCAGACAGCAGCCACUUUUAACAUGAUUAAUGUGUUCCCCAUAGGUUUUCUCUGGUGCUGAAUAUAGACUUUUACCCUUACUGUGUUCAGAUGAGGCAGUGUCUGUAAUUUAGUUAUACAGAUCACAUUAUAACAUGAAGCCAUGGCAAAGCCCUGUUAGUUUAACCAAUGCAGAAUUGGAAUGACCACCCCAUAGCUCACCGUUGAUUAUAAUAAUUUUAAGGUGUAAUUCAUGCCUAGUUUCCAAAAUAGAAAGAAUUAAGAAGACAACAUUGUUUAUAUAAUUGUAGUUUCUUGGGAACAGGAAAUUGUUCAUGUUUGUUAUGAGUGUUAAAAUACUGUACUUUUAUUUUUAAAAAGGGGAAAGUAUGACAUGUUAACCUCACAGAGGGCACUGAAAGACCAGAGCUAUCACUUUUUUUAGACUAUUAAUUAAUUUUUAGAUUAUUAAUUAUUAACGAGUAAAGCCACAUUUCCAAGCUCUGUGAAAAACCAGGAUUAAGGGCACAAUCUGCAAAAUAAAUCUUCACAGUAUGUGUUCAAAUUACUUAAUUAUAAGAGAUUUAAGUAGGUAUUUGUGUCUCUCUUUGAAACAGGUUGCCUUAAAACUGCUUAACCCUGACUAUGCCAUGCCCUAUGUUUACAAAGCCAGUCCCAGGACAAAUAGACUUGUUUCUUUUGGUUGUGUUUUCGUAUCCAUAGUCUGAAAUGUCACAGCCCAGAAGCAAUUAUACCUGCUUAGCAGUUGCUUGAAACUAGGAGAAGACUUUGCAGGCCAUCUCUGUCUCAGGAAGACAGUCAAACAGGGUAGUACCACAAGUAGUAAUACAGUACUGUACUAAACACUUAGUUCAUACCAUUCCUAGUCUCUGUUUUCUGACAUAAAAGAUCUCUUCUGACAAUCCAUGGCCCAAACCUUUCUGCCACUUGCUUAUAUGUGCAACUGCUUUGCCAUGGAAGUUCUUGCUCAUCUAAUAAUUGUGAAUAUUACCCUUUCUUGUAAAUCAGAACACUGUUGGCAGUUGAAUAUAGCUAUGUAGACUUGCACAUAAAGUGUAGACUUGCAAAUAAAAACUCAUGUUAUUUUCAGUGCCUAGGGCUGCAUGACUUCCCCAUAUGAACCUGCCAGAUCCCUAAGAUCUACAGAGGAAGGCUUUCUCCCAUUCCUCCAUCAUCACAGGAUUGCUUGGUGAGAACACAAGAGAGGGCCUUCUCUGUGGCUGCUCCCACCUUUCUAUGGGAGGCUAGGCUGGCUCCCUCCCUGCUCUCUUUUUAUUGUCAGGCAACAACUUUUUUUCCGAGCAUGCUUUUAAUAUUAAAAUGGCACCCAGGAAGGCUUC